AUGCUGAGAAAUUCGGAAGGUUCUACUUGUAAUCUUUNGAUAGCGCUCGUCGGUGCAACAGUUUUUGCUUAUUUCAAAUACAAGAAAGGUAUUCAACAUCGUCGCUUAUUCAAUGAUCCAGAAAUGAACAAAUGUUCAACGGCUUCAGCAAAUGAAACCAGUGCUGAAAACAAUCAAGUGACUUCGGCAUCGGAAACAACAUCGAUCACUCGCCUUAAUUCGCCAUUACCAACAGAAACACCACGAGCUGGAUCGGCCGCUCUUAGUGUGGUCAAAUUGAGUGUCAUGGAUAUAAAUCAAUCAAUGCCUCUCGUUGAACUUGCUUGA